AUGCGCCACCGCCUCUGGCUGGGCCUCGCCUGGCUGCUGCUGGCGCGGGCGCCCGGCGCCGCGGGGAACCCCAACACACCGCGGAGACCACGCAGCUACCCGCACCUGGAGGGCGACGUGCGCUGGCGGCGCCUCUUCUCCUCCACCCACUUCUUCCUGCGCGUGGACCCCAGCGGCCAGGUGCAGGGCACCCGCUGGCGCCACGGCCAGGACAGUGUCAUCGAGAUCCGAUCUGUCCUGGUGGGCACCGUGGUCAUCAAGGCGGUGUACUCUGGCUUCUAUGUGGCCAUGAACCGCUGGGGCCGCCUCUAUGGGUCGCGGGUCUACACUGUGGACUGCAGGUUCCAGGAGCGCAUCGAGGAGAACGGCUACAACACCUACGCCUCGCUCCGCUGGCGCCACCGCGGCCGGCCCAUGUUCCUGGCGCUGGAUGGCAGGGGGUCACCCAGGAGAGGCAGCCGGACACGGAGGCACCACCUGUCCACCCACUUCCUGCCUGUGCUGCUCUCCUGA